UUAGGAUCCUGGGGUUUAUGAUUAUCAAAUGUGCAGAAGCCAGCCAAUGAGGUGGCCAUCAGGGAAGGCCUGGUUCCUGGUGGUGGAGCAAGCCCGGGCAGUCUCUCCUGGAUGCCAGUCAGAGGCUGAGGGCAGAGGCCAUCCUGACACUGCUCUGGACCUUCAAGGCUGUUGCGGUAGCAGGGCUGCGGGGCGGUGCGCGAGGACACCCAGCUCACUCACCCUCCUGGGCUUGGAGACUCCGGCACCGCGGUCCUCCAUGGCUCCUUACCACAUCCGCAAGUACCAGGAGAGGGACCGCCCACGGGUCCUGGACUUGUUCUCCAAGGGAAUGGAGGAGCACGCCCCCACCACCUUCCGCCACAUCCUGAAGCUGCCCCAAACCCUGGCGCUCUUGCUUGGGGUGCCCCUCGCCCUCUUCCUGGCCUCUGGCUCCUGGCUCCUGGUCUUCGUCGCCAGCAUUGCCCUCCUCACUGCCCUGAGAUUCUUUUCCAAAUACCCCUGGAUCCAGUUUAAAGUCCUGUGUUUGCGCUCAGACCUGUCUGACAUCACCAAGUCCUACCUGGGUGAGCCCGGCUCCUGCUUCUGGGUGGCCGAGGCCGACGGGCAGGUGGUGGGCAUGGUGGGCGUGCUGCCCGCUGUGGGGCACGCCCUGCGGAGGGAGCAGUUGCAGCUGUUCCACCUGUGCGUGGCCUCUGAGCGCCGAGGUCAGGGGGUGGCCAAAGCCCUGGUCAGGACGGUCCUGCAGUUCGCCCGUGACCAGGGCUACAGCCAAGUGGUCCUCUACACCACCAUGCUGCAGCGCUCGGCCGUGGCUCUCUACGAGCGCAUGGGCUUCCAGAAGACGGACCAGUUCUUCUCCUCCCUGAACUGGAGGCUAUUUGCUAUUCCUUCGUACGUGUUUGUCUACCCCUUGCCCUCUGCUCAGGCCUCGGAGGCACAGGGGCAGGCGGGAGGGCCCUGACCCGGUUCUUUGUGCCUUAGUCCGGGGAGGGCUGGCUCUGCCCUGGCAGCAAAGCAAGGCCCCGAGAGUCAGUGCGAGCCUGCUGUGAGAGCCUACUGCUCCUUCCGUGGGCACUGGGGGGUGGCAGGGUGGCUCUACUCCUUUCUGUCUUUUGGGAUGGCCGCGGUUUCAUUUAUCCAGUGCCACGAGAAGGCUACAUUAAAACACACACCAGGCAGCCCGGGUGGCGCAGCGGUUUGGCGCCUGCCUUUGGCCCAGGGCGCGAUCCUGGAGACCCGGGAUCGAAUCCCACGUCGGGCUCCCGGUGCAUGGAGCCUGCUUCUCCCUCUGCCUGUGUCUCUGCCUCUCUCUGUCUGUCUCAUGAAUAAAUAAGUAAAAUCUUUAAAAAACAAAAACAACACACCAAUAAACAUUUCUUUAGUUCACG